AAUAUUCAUAAGCUUGGUUGGUGUAGCUUUAGGCUAGUUUUUAGUUGAGCACAGAGAAACGCAAGGAAGAGUCGUUUCACGCGCCAGAUCCUUCCAGAAAACCCAAAUCUCCUCUCUGUAUCGUCCCCAUACGGCGGUCGAUUUUUCAAAAUCACGGCGGCGGGAGAUUAAGGCGAUGGGAAUAAUAAGGAGCUGUUUCUCGUUCAUAUCAGGCACAGUUUGUGGAGUUUACAUUGCUCAAAACUACGACGUUCCUAACAUCAAGAAACUCGCUUCCACUGGUCUGUUUAUGGCUAAGCUCUUGGAAGAGAAGUAUCGCAAGCCCAAGAGCAAAAACGACGACGAUUAACUCCAGGACUCAGGCGUAAGACCAGUUGGUUAGUUCUAUUUCAAUCCGUAGCUGAUUCAGAGAAUAGUCCAAUAUGGUGUAAUUGGAAAUUUUUAUUGUAGUUGUUUGGGAUGUUUGCUAGGGAUCUGGAUAGACGAGCUAAACAAGGCUGAAGUGGAACGGCAAGAUACUCUGAAAAUAUGUACACUUGAAGAACUUAGAACCUUAUUUUAUAGUAAAUUCGGAGUAAAUUGGCUUGCGGAGAAUGAAAAAUUCUGACACUGGAGGAUUCCACCUCUUCACCGAGAUAGAAAUUCUUUUCUAAUCUGAAUCAACGAGGUAUUUAGCUAGUGAGAAGGCGCCUAUUUAGACACUCUAGCUCAGUGUACAUUAUAAAUCAUAAGUAGAUACCAUUUGCUCUGGAUUUGUAAAAUAUCAGUAGUUCAUAGUUUAUUUGAGCAUUAUGUCCGAGUCAUGGUGUGUAGUGACAGGAUAUAUGCCUUAUACAGCUUUUGUUUUCUAUUAUAGUUCUUACAUGCAGCAUCCGCUACCAGAGAAGGAUAAUUGUAUCA